AUGUAUACAAGCGAGCAGCUACAGACCCAUGCGGUCAAGUCGGUCACAGAUGCUUGGGUUAAUCAAUCAAAAUCUUUGUUUCACUGCACAGAGUGGGUUGACUAAUCUCAUGUUAUGACUAUAUUUGGUCAUGGAUGAUUGACAUCAGGUUCAUUGGCCUGACAAUUUUGGUGGCUGGUACUGUGAGCACGCAUUUUUAUCGUAGUAUUUUGUUUGUUAUUACGACGCAAUAUGAGUUAAGUGCAAGUAGGAACACCACUGCUACCACGGUACACACUAUCAAAGACAAGAUUUCGUUUGGAAUUUGUCAGUUGAGAGUGAGGCGUUCUCUGAAGUGAAGAGACCUUGAAUAACCUUCAUAAAAAUAAUGCCCAGGUGGCUUUUAUAUUAACCGGUCAUGUGACAGACUCUGUGUCAGAGUGUACAUGAAUUAAACAGAUUAAGGAAUCUAGAAAGAACCGUAAAGAACAGAGCUGCCACUUGUCACGCCUUUAUGUCAAGUAUCGUUUAAAAGUUAUGCUGGUCAAAAUUCCAAGGUUAUCCAGAGAACCUUCUAAAACAUUUGCAGAGAAAGCUUGCAAAAUUGGAUGCAAAUCCCAGUUCUGAUAACUCGAACACUUGUUCAUGGGAUUUCGUCAUUCAUGUAUACCGUAGGGUAUAUCCCCAGAUGCCUUUAGAAGAUAUCAGCACAAAUCUGAAACAUGUUGAAAAGCCAAAUUUUGUUUUUUUAACACAAAUUUCAGUUGUCUCUGUAAGUGACUUCUUCUUUCUUUAUUACAUCUAGGAAUUUUCUAACGUUUCUAAUUUUCUAGAUUUCUUUCAAGCCUACGAAAUUUAUUGUUCAAAGCAGGUGAAGUGUCCUCGUAUAUCCAACGUUUUAUGAACACGACACAGAUAUCAAUUUUGCUCUUAUAAAAUCAUUUCAAUCUGGUUCUGAAAUUUCUGUCAUUUAUAAGAUCCCUGCAUCUGCAUUGCUGGAAUCCCUUUAGAAGAAAACGGAGCUGCUAAGAAUAUUCCUAAAUGUGAGUGGUAACUUGACCUUCGCAGAGAAAAAUUUCAAUAUUUCACGAGUACUUUACUAUUUUUUUUACAGUACGGUUAGCCUAGUAUCGAUUCGUCUUCUGUUUUUCUCGUAAGAUUUAAUGAUUUUAUUUGCUUAUUGUUUAUUUUAGGGUAACAUGUCGCGAAAAUCCAAAGUGUUGCAAAACUUGAACUCUUUUAUUCUCGCUCCUGCUCAAAGAAGCAUGAAGUAA